UGCUAGGGGCGACUGACAACAGACAGCACUUAGCAACAGCAAAGAGGAGACAGAGAAACAACCAACAGCAGCAGCAUUAGAUUAAAAUCAAUAAUCACUUUAAAUUCAUCUUUUAUAACUUUGUAGAGGCUUAUAGUGAAACAGUGCAGGAACAUGGCGAGUAUUAUUGAUACGCUUUUAUCGGAGAUGACCUGGGAUGAGCGCUUUGCUAUCCCUGAACCUAACGCUGGAAACAAGGCUCUGAUAGAAGAGAUUUGUAGAAAAGAGACGGAGUUGGCGCGACUGGAAAACAAGUGUGAGAGAAACAAGGAUCAAAAGCAGCUAAUGACCGAAUUCCUCAAAAAUGCUAAACAAGAGCUGGAAAAUACUGAGGCUCUGUGCAAGGCAAAGGAAAGAGAAGAAGAGUUGGAGAAACACCUCACCGCCCUCGCAGAAAGGGAGACGGGUCGCCUGACACAGGAAAUUGCUAGGAAGGAGAAUGACCAUAGAGCUUUAGCAGAAAGGAGGAACAUUCAAGAGAAUCAUAUCUUCAAGGCCAAACAGAAGCUGGAGGAGUUUAGGAACCAGACGGACUGGGACCAGCAGACCAUGAAGGCCUUUUUAGAGGAAUCGGCACGCAAAGAUGCGGACACAAUGGCCAUCAUCAAGUACUCCCAGCAAGAUGAGCAGAGGAUCAAGUCUCUCACUCUGGCUAUAGAGAAGAAGACAGUGGAGGCCAGUGAAAAGCACAAAGCACUUGACAAAGAAUUGACUGAGACUAUAUCCGCACAGAUUGCUUUGGAUACAACUACAGAAAAUUUGCAGCAGGCCCAACUGGAGACACAGCAGCUCAUCCACCAAUGGGAAAACACCAUUAAGCAGAUGAAGCAACGAGACACAGAGAUGCAGCAGACAGCUCUGCUACUUGCCCAAGCCAACCAGGACAUCAGGGAGAGGAAGGGCACCAUCACAGAGAGGAAGCACUUGCUGGAUACUCAGAUGAACAACAACAAGGAAACUGAGAGGAAGAUAACGACGGCCAACCGACAGGCUGUAAAGCUGCGGCAGGAUUUGAAAGAGCAGGAGAAUAACUGCAGCAGGCUGAAGGACGAGCUGGAUGCUUGCAAAGGCACACUGGACAAAUCAACCUCCGACGUGGAGUCUAUGACAUCCCACAUAUCCAGAAUGAAGGAAGACAUCCAGGAUAACAAUGACAAACUCAAGAAGGCCAGGGCCUACAAUGUUGCACUGGAAGAGAAGCUGCAAGUGGUGACCGCACUUAGUGAGGAGGAGAAAGCUGCACAGAUGGACCGGCUCCUCAAGGACGAGGAAAACGCGAUCAAGGAGUUGGAUGUCGAGCUGCGAGACUGCAGGGAGGAGCUUUUUUGUCGUAAAGAGCGUUUGAAGGCCCUCAAGACAAACGAGAAGAACUCUAUUGGCCAGGUUUCGAGGAACAAAUCCACCAUCAGCAGCUUGAAAAGCCAGCUCAGAAAACUGGAGCAGGAAUUAGCAAGACAACAGAUAAUUGCGACUGAACAGGACACCGAGAUGAUAGGCCUGGAUAGAAGGCUGGCACGGCUGCAAGGCAACAUUAAGUCAGAUGAAAAACAAAUGGUAGACAUAAAGUUGGCUGAGCUGACGAAAGCUCUGGAGGAGAAGAAGGAGACGGCCAACAUGCUUACCAACGCGCUCAAAGACUCUGAGGAUGAUAUUCGCUACUUAAGGAAAGAGAUGGAGAAGUCAAAGGCUCUAAAGACAGAUCUGACUGACAAGGUGGAAGACACUCUGUUACUCUGUAACACCAAUGAAAAGGAGCUGAAGAGACUCAGGCUCACGAAGCAGGACAACAUGGUGGAGCACAACAUCAUGAAGAUGGGGGUCAAGCGUAUGAGGGAUCUGCUGUACAACGAGGCGGGCAGCGUGCUGUCCCAGGAGAAGAGGAAGCUGGAGCUGCAGAAAGCCAUAAAGGACAGGGAGGAAGAGGUCAAGGCCUACAGGAAAAUGCUCAGCCAGCAGCUCAAGAUCAGUGAGCAGGAGAGACAGAAACUCCGUGCUGAACUGAACGAGAAACUGUCCAAGAUCGACAUAAUGAAGAAACGCUUUGAGGUUGUGAUACUUUCGAUGGCAGCUCCUGAGGGGGAAGAGGAGAAAUCGCAGGCUUACUACAUCACAAAGGCUGCACAAGAGAAAGAGGAGCUCAAGUUGAAGGGCGACGAUCUGGAUGCUACAAUCCGCAAGAUGGAGCUGGAAAACAGAGCUCUGGAGAACACCAAUCACUUGUUCGACAACAGUAACUCAGCAUUUUGCAAAUCCCUCAACAAAGUAAACGAAUCCAGUCCAGAGCACCAGGAAAAAGUGAAGCUGGAAGAGCAGUUGAGGGCGGUUGAAGAGACGCUGAAGUAUAAAAAAAGACAAGUUCAGGAGCUCCAACAGGACUUACAGGACAUGAACGAUACCUUGGAGAGUCUGCUGCAAGAAGAGGAGGUGGAGAAAGACAAGAUGGAGCACAAACAGUCACUGAUUGGCAAACUGAGCAAAGAAGUCACUUCCCAGCAGGAGAAGGUUGACAGAGCCACAAAGCAGUGCUCUAAGCUGACCAAAGAGAUCCGCUCGGAAAAAAGCACCAAGACUGAGACAUUUGAGGAGAAGGACAUUAAGCUGAGGGAGUUGAAAGAAUUCAAUAAGAGCAUCGACAAGAUACUGAAUGAGGCCAUGGAGGACAAACCUGACCUCAGAUCAGUGUUGGAGACAUACUUCCUGCAGGCCAAUCUGUCUCUUCCAUCUCCGUCUUCCACUCCUUCCAGCCAUCGAAGCUCCAAGAUGAGCUCUGCCCGCAGCUCUGCCUCUCUCAGGGCUCCUGAAUCCUCAGCCAGCAACAGCCUCAGGGCCUCUGCACUUUCCUCCCCCGUGCUGAAGACUGUGGAAGUGGGUCUGGAUCUGACCGUGACCUCCCCUCCUCUCACCACUUCCAGACGUUCCAGCACUGCGAGCAGCAGCAGCAGAAAGUUAAAGAACCCGUAAUGAUUUAUUAUCAUACUUUAUUUACUGAUGUGGAUAAAGAACAAGAUUUCACACUUACAGCUGUUGUUUGCCUGUUGGGCUUGAGUUUGCUAUGUUAUGAUUUGAGCAUAUUUUGUAUGCUAAAUGCAGUACCUGUGAGGGUUUCUGGAAAAUAUUUGUCAUUGUUUUGUGAUAAUUGAUUUCUAAUAA